AUGGCUACGAGAUUUCUUAACCGCGUGGCCAGCAUCGGCGCUACUGUCGGCAUCGGCGGUUUCUGCCUGCAGGAGUGCAUCUAUGACGUCGACGGUGGACAUCGCGCCGUGAUCUUUGAUCGUAAAGACGGUAUUCUGGAUAAGUCUGUGGGCGAAGGCACGCACUUUAAAAUCCCAUUCUUCCAGUACCCGACGAUCCUAGACGUGCGUUCAAACUAUCGCCUUAUCAGCUCGCGCACGGGCACGAAGGACUUGCAGAACGUCAACAUGUCACUGCGUUGCCUGUAUCGACCAAAUGCCGAGAAGUUGUCGCACAUCUAUGCCGAGUACGGCGCCGACUACGCCGACCGGAUCUUGCCGUCUGUGGGUAAUGAGGUGCUCAAGUCGAUUGUGGCCCAAUACGACGCCGUGGAGUUGUUGGCUCGCCGUGAUCAGGUGUCGCAGCAGAUUGCCAAAGAAAUGAACGAGCGUUGCAGCCACUUCUACCUGUUACUAGACGAUGUGUCCCUCACGCACCUUGAGUAUGGCCCGGAGUUUACACGCGCCGUCGAGUCGAAGCAGGUUGCGCAGCAAGACGCUGAACGUCAGAAGUUUGUGGUCAUGCGCUCUGAGCAGGAACGCAAGGCCACUGUCAUUAAGGCUGAGGGUGAGUCUGAGGCCGCUCGUCUGGUCUCUGACGCUGUCGCCAAGAGUGGCACUGGUUUCAUCGAGGUGCAGCGUAUUGAUGCCGCUCGAGAGAUUGCUGAGACGCUUGCUAAGUCGCGCAAUGUCACGUACCUUCCCAAUCAGGAUGGUGGUAAUGGCGGUGUGCUGCUCGGCCUACAGUAA